CUUUGCAGUGCUCUUCAUGAUUGAUGCAAGUUCAAAAAGCACUGAGAUAGUUCAUACUCAUCAAGUACUACGCGACCACGUCGAAAGCAAGUUAACACGGGGCAAAGUAUACUGGGUUACGGAUGACUGGCGAGCGCCUUGGAGGUAUCAUUAAGCAACCUGUGCAGACCUUGUACCAUCUACUUAUAGUACCAAUGUCAAUACCAAAACUCUGGCGUUGAUUGUCGCUAAGUCCUGGUCAAUUCUGAUUCGUUGAGGGGAAGCCAUGCCCGUUCGCCAUCAAUGACACUUCUGAAAUCAAGGGAAAAAGAACCUCCGAACGGUAAUAUGAUUAAAUCGUUUUUGCAUCCAAUUUAUAAAUUUUCACAGUAUAUGAACACCUCACGCGCGCUGUCACUGUAAUCCCGCCUUCCGACCCCCCUCCCCCCCUCCAGCUGCCGACCAUGAGGGCUUUCAACGCAAAAGACCCUCUGACCCAAAUCGGCAUAGCCUCCGUCGUAUUCACCGUCCCCGCGAUCCUCACCACCGUCUACCGUCUCUACAUUCGUCGUAACCGUUACUGGGCAGACGACCUCUUCGCUCUCUUCUCCAUGCUCGCUCAAUUCAUCAUGUUCUCAGGCGCCUUCAUCCAUAUAACCCACAGCUCCCCUCGACUUUCCAUGGUAGCAGCGUACUACAUGAUGGCAUCCGCGUUCUACUCCGUAGUCUGGUUUGCAAGACUCAGUAUCGUGUUUUCCAUCAUUCGAAUCCAUCCUGAUCAGGGAAUGAGACGGAAGUUGUAUUGGGUUGCAGCAUUGUUUGUGGUAAUUACGGCGGUGUUAAUAAGUCAGUUGUAUUGGGUUUGUGAGCCUGCUGGGGGUCAGUGGAAGAAUACGGAGGCUCCGCAGUGUAGUUUGACGAGGCAGGUUGUGAUUUUUCAAAUCGUCACCGACGUUCUCUCUGAUGCCAUCCUCGUAUUUGUUCCCAUCCGUCUCAUCCAAACAAUAUCCGAUAAAAAGCUGCGACAUCGUUUAGCCGUCAUCUUCUCAACGUGCUUGAUCACAACAGCAGUCUCGCUCGUACACGCUGCGUUUAUCUUGGUCCAUGCGGGUCCUCAAGAGGUUAUAGCGGCUAUCACAGAGGACUGUGUUAGUUUGAUCGUGUGUAACGUUCCUGUCGUUGCUACGCGGUUGAUUCAAAAGUGGAAUAUGCAUAAAGAGUCGGAAGAAAGGACAACUACAGGUGUGGGUGGUAGUACGACGGCUAUAUCGAUCAAGUUUGCGACCUGGGUAAGCGAAACUUUCCGCAGUGGGGGAACCAAAGUUCGGAAUGUUAGAGAAUCGACGGUGUCGGCGACGACUGGUACGGCGAAUGAAGCGAAUCCUGGGUGGUUCCGAUGGGAAAGGGAUUUAGGAGAGGAUAGUUCUUCGGAUGGAGGAGUUGUUUCGAGACAGACCCACCACCAACAUUCUGAGCUCGGACAAGGAGAACGAGAGCGAUCUACCCGAAACCAGGCGUUUCCAACUGUUACGCUAGAUCUUUGCAGUUCGAAGGCUGAUGAUCCUGAGCUGUUGAAGAGUCGAGAUUACGACGAUGAUGUGGAAAAACAAGAUUCGGAGGAGGGUCAGACCGGCUAUCCGCCGAGGAAGCAGACGGUGACGUGGGUAGACGAUGUUAUGGAUCGAUGUGAACCGAAUUCUCCGUCACGUACGUAAAUGGAUUCAUAGCGAGCACUGGAAUCGCUUCGACGGUCUUUCUAGAUCUCUUUCUAUUUGUUUCUGUUCUGUAUCACUAGUAGUAUCAUUCGCUAUGCUUUUGCACUGUACCAUAGACUAGAUUAAUUGAAAGAAAUGCCUAAACACUGUAAGGCCCCGUUCUGCGCGUCGGAUAAGUAUAAGGUCUGUU